UAAAAAACACAAUCUAUCGCUACCUGUUCAAAAGUUCAAUUCGGGUGAGGCUGGUGGUAGAAAUGAUGUUCGUAAGGAGCACAUUAUGGCUGCCCUUUUUUAUUUAGAAAGAUCAUCAUGUAAUUCCAGAGUUUUAACGGAAGAAUGGUGGGACUCUCUCUCUUUCUGGGAGAAAAUCAUUUCAUACUGGAAAAUGGAUUCAUAUGGCCAAACCCAGUUGGGUUUAGUUAGAAAGUGAAUUAUAAGUCUAAUUUGAAUUGCUUAUUAGUUUACAACAUCAUGGAAAUUAAUUUCUUUUACAUCAGCAUUGCCACCAGACAAACUGAACUUCUCUGCAUGUUUGUAUGUAUUUCACUAUCAGGCAAAUGGGUUCGGAUCGGAGGCACAAAUGUUGUUUCCAGUGUGGAGAUAUUUCAUGGUUCAAGAUGCUGGAUCUUCUGUUUGUUUCAAUUGACACUUAUCUACUACACUAAUAAAGCAUUUUCCUCCUUUGUUUUGUGAAUACUUGUUUUGUUGUCUGUCUACUAAUUUCUAUACCUUACUCAGUCAAGGUAGAGGGGGUGAGGAGGAGUUGUCUGCUCUUCAACGUUCUCUCUUUGGGUGGUAAAAGUGGAGGUGGAGCUGGUAUGAGCACAAGGAAAGUUACCAUCAAAACAUUAUCCUGCAUUUGGCGUUUGUCCUCUAAUUUGUUUUUAAUUAUAGGUUCUUGCUUUGCUUAAAUUUAAUAAUAGAGGUCUUAUUUAAUCUGGAUUUGAUCUCUCAUCAGUCAUCUCUAACUAAUAGUUGUGGAGGGGAAAAUUUUGCUGAGAAUGGGAUCUUUAAUAUUGAUUAUCUUGCAAUGUUUUGUUCAGAUGGGGAAUCUGCUUGAUGCCCUAGAUGCUGCCAUUGCCAUUAAUUGAUGUAGAUUUUCUCCACACCUCUCUAUAUAUUUGCAAUUUAAUUUUCUUAUAAUUUUGUCAGGAUUCUGCUAGCUGUUCUGUUGAUAAAGUCUUGUGACUAGUGAGCAGACAAGCCAUAUCUCUUGUGGUUGAAACAUGUCAAAACUAGACUGGUUUAAUUUCAACUUCACUGAACUUCAUCCUUUCUCAAUAGUGUAAUAGAAAUUAUAGGUUGGACUUAGUACAUAAGACUUGCGCUUUUCUAGGUUUGGGAGAGGUGGUUGGUAGGCAACCUUAUUCCCUAUUUUUGGAGAGGCUGAUUUUCAUUUAAACAAAUCUUUGUACACGGUUGUGCCUAUGUUGUAUCAGUUAUACCAUGAUUAGAACCUGCGAUGCCAUUAUAAUUGGUGCAUUGGAACUGGACUGGUUCAAUGAAGUAAUUUGGAUAACUUACUAGGGGGUGAAGAUAGAAUGGUACGUUGUACACUUGGCAUGUUAACCACAAUUGUUAGAGCUAUACUAUAAAAAUUUUCUUUUUUAUGAGUUAGGUCUGGUUACCAGUUUAUGAAAGCUUGCCUGACUCUCUGGUUUUGACUGCUGUCAUUAUAGUUCUAAAGAUCAAUUUCCUACUAGUGAAGUAGCACUGCUGCACUAUUGCUGUUUGUUGCAUACCUAGAUAUUGUGUUCACUUGUUUUAACAAUUGCCUUGUGUAAACCCUCUUUUCUAUUGUAGAGCUAUGGUUUUUGUAUCCUAUUUCCAGUUCCAUGAGAUAAAUAUAGAAGAAAUAAAAGUCCAAAUCUGAAUUCUAAGGUCAACCAUCCGUGAGCACUCAGCAGUGAAGGUAUGAUGGGAUAUACCUCUCACCAUGCUUUAAGCCAUAGGAGUGCCACUCAUCUAGGAGGUUUAUUUCUUUAUAGACCUAUCAAAAAAAGGUUUCUUUCUUUUUAGAUAAUGAUAAGAUCUAGUAGUAAGAAAAGCCAUAUUCAGCACAGACGAGGAAGAAGAAAAAGAAGAAAAGACAUGAAUAAGAUAGAAUAUAUGGCCUUGGAUUAAACUGUUAAAAUUAUCUGUUGUUUGAGCUCAAUUAGCUGGAGAGAGAUUUAUGUGGUUCAUUGACCAGGAUUAAGGCUCAUGGGGGAAAGUGACAGGAUGUAAGGAAAAGGGAAACUGGUGAGGGAGAGAACAGGAGAUUUGUGGGUAAUGGGAAGGAAAUACACAGGGGGCGCAGAAAUUGAACGACAAGGGAUGGUGGGUAGGGUAGAGGUGUUUUGAGAGCUGGGUUCUGACCAACUGCUGACAGAGGUUGAGAAGAAGAUUGUCAAGACCAUGAGGUGGAGAGAACUGUAUAGCAACAGUUGAACUACUACAGCCGAGUGGGGAAUGACACAGAGUUAAGUUCCUUGAAGGAAUUUUGAAUCUGAUUAGUUGAUUGAUAAUUAGGUUGCUGGAAUCAAUUGUGCUCUACUUUUAUAUGAUAUGAAAUCACUUUUAAAAGGCUAAAAAUUCUGGGAUGACAUUAUUAGAUACUUAGAACCUGUGUGUGCGUGUUAUAUUUCUGCAAAACAAGUACUUAAAUUCACCAGAAACAUAUCUUCUGUUGUUCACAAAUUUUUAAGAAUUGAAACCUUUGGAUAAAAAUCCUAAGCCUUACUGUCAGAGCCAAUGUCCAUAAUGUUCUGGUUGCCAUCUUUUUCUCCACUCCUUAAUUGUUUCUUCAUUCUUUUGAUACUGAUGGUGUAUUUGAAGGGAUAUAAAGCCCAAGGUGCCAUCCUGAAGUUGCCACCAGGGCCGUGGAAGCUUCCUCUUAUAGGGAACUUGCAUCAGUUGAUAAGCUCAGGCUCACUACCUCAUUCUUCCUUGAGAGAUUUAGUAAAGAAACAUGGACCAGUUAUGCAGCUCAAGUUGGGUGAGGUUUUGGCUGUGAUCAUUUCAUCACCAGAAUUAGCUAGAGAGGUGUUGAAAACACAUGAACUUAGUUUUGCUCAAAGGCCAAACUUUUUUGUGGGUGAGUUUCUCUCAUAUGACCAUUCAGGUAUUAUUGCCUCUCCCUAUGGCGAUUGCUGGAGACAGAUGAGAAAGAUCUGUGUGUUGGAACUCCUAAAUGCUCAACGUGUCCAGUCAUUUAGAUCAAUAAGAGAAGAAGAGGUAUGGAAUCUUAUCGGAACUAUUUAUUCGUCCAAUGGACUUCCCAUCAAUCUUAGCAAGAAUUUAUUCUCCAUGACAAAUAGUGUAACUUCUAGAGCAGCAUUUGGAGAAAAGUACAAAGGUCAAGAUGAGUUCAUAUCUCUGGUUAAGGAGAUAGUUAUGCUUAGUUCAGGUUUUAACGUGCCAGAUUUGUUCCCUUCACUUAAAUUUAUUGCUAUAUUUAAUGGGAUGAAGACUUCCUUGGAGAGACUACACCAAGACAUGGACAAAAUUCUUCAAGAUAUAAUUGAUGAUCAUAAGAUGAACAUAAUAACCACUAGCACCACCAAUGACUUUUCACGCAAGGAAGAUCUUCUUGAUGUGCUUCUAAAACUUCAGGAGUCGAGGGAGCUCAAAUUUGAGGUCACAACCAAGCACAUCAAAGCUGUCACUUUGGACAUCUACCUUGCAGGGGGUGAAACUACAGCAACAACCUUAGAAUGGGUAAUGUCAGAGUUGCUAAGAAACCCACAGGUAAUGGAGAAGGCACAAGCUGAAGUGUGCAAGGUUUUAGAAGGAAAGAGGAAAAUUGAAGAUGGAGACAUCCAGAAGUUAGAUUAUGUAAAAUUAGUUGUCAAAGAAACUUUACGAUUACAUCCUCCUGCUACCUUAAUCUCAAGAGAGUGUAGAGAAAGAUGUGAAAUCAGUGGAUAUGACAUACCAACUAAAACCAAGGUUUUGAUCAAUGCGUGGGCAAUAGGGAGAGAUCCAGAUUAUUGGGUCAAUGCUGAAUGCUUUCAGCCAGAGAGGUUCUGUGGUUCAUUUGUUGAAUUUAAAGGGACUAACUUUGAAUUCCUUCCAUUUGGGGCUGGAAGGAGGAUGUGUCCAGGCAUAACAUUUGGUAUUGCAAUGAUUGAACUUGCAAUCGCCCAGUUAUUGUAUCACUUUGACUGGAAACUACCAAAUGAGAUCAAACCUGAAGAACUUGACAUGACUGAAAAUUUUGGAUCAACUUGUAGGAGAAGGAAUGAUUUGUAUUUAAUCGCCUCCUCUCGUAUUCCUUUCCUUAAUUAAAUCAAUUAAGGGUAUCUGAAAUUGUCCUAGUUGUAAGUGUGUCUGUUGAUCAUUAUGAGAAUAUGUUAGUUUGGGUGGUAUAUUAUAAAAAAUGAAUUUUGAAGAGUUUAUCUUCAUUUGAA